GAAAAUCAAAUGCAGUGUACGCAGUUGCUUCAUGGCUGGCUUUCGGCAUGGAUUCUCAUUCUCAGCUCGGCUUCUAUCUAUGCCGCUUGUGACGGUGCUCAAGCGUACAUCCACAUGUCUGGAAGGGGACAAAAUCUACUUCAGGAUGUAGGACUAUUUAUCGGCCUGGCAAAUAUGGAUUCUUUCUUUUGUUGAUGGGCUCCUGACAGCCAGACUGGUUCACUCAUCAAUGGGCUUCUUAACAGACGGGCAUCGCAGGCAAAACUGGCCACAACAAACAGUAGCCUACAACACAUCUCCAAAAUAAAAUACAGCCGAGCUUUGAGACAUCCUCCUAGCCUUCCUCCAGCAGUAGAGAGAUAGCGGUGGCCCACACCAAUGUCACUCCCUCCAAGUCGGAAGCCCUCUGCAGGACAGCGCAGGCGGUCAGUGGCCACUAGUAUUGGGCGUCAUUCCAAUAGCGAUGCCAACAAAACAAGCACUUACCCCACCAACACUUAUCCUGGCAGGGCUAUCGAGGGCAGUCCUACUGGACGUACAUACCCUGGCACACCCAGGCGGCAGACGAAGCACACCACCUGCAGUGAGAAUCACGGGAUCCGCCCCCCGACCCCUGAGCAGUACCUCACACCCCUGCAGCAGAAGGAGGUGUGUAUCAGACACCUGCGAGCCAGACUGAGGGAGAAUGUUGAGAGGCUGCAGCACAGGGACAGCGAGAUUGCUGAGAUGCGGAACCAGCUGUGUCGGAUGCAGGAGGACUGGAUAGAGGAGGAGUGUCACCGUGUGGAGGCCCAGCUGGCUCUGAAGGAGGCGCGUCGGGAGAUCCAGCACCUGCACGAGGUCGUGGAGACAGUCCGAUCAAACCUCGGCACCCCAGAAAAGGCCUGCCACGACCAAAAGCCAUACCUGUUCCCACAGGGACACCGGCCUGCCAAAUCCCGCUCAUGCGGUUGCUCCCCAGCCAGCACCCUGAGCCGCGGCACCACCUACACCCGGCUGAGCAGUGACGGCCUGCAGCUGGACCGCAACGGGAACGCCCCGGGAGCGGACCUGCGUACAGCGGCACGUGCAGAAGGAAUGCGGACACAUUUACUUUUGGAAGCAGCCCUCCUGUCAGAACCAAACCCAACCGGCUCCGCCUCCGGCCUGUCCUCCUCCAACGUGACACACUCUUCCACCUAUGAGAGGCUGUGCAGCGGGGGGGCUGUCCUGCCGGUCUCUCACUCCUGCCACUCCCUAGGCAACAGCUGCAGGUGCAGUGGACACACCUACCUCCCGCAUCACCACCUCUUCCUGCACCUCCCCCAGGAGGAGCCGCCGGCUGCAGUGGCCACAGCUACGCCUGUACCUGUGCCAGAGGUGAAACCAGAAGUCCGAUCGCGGGCCUGCAGCCCCACCAUGACCUGGGUCUCAGAGGAAGGAGGGGGAGAGGAGUUGAGCAUUAUCUCCCUGGCUACAACCGACAUAACGCCAGCCUUCUCCGAGCAUCAGCCGUUCCCUACCUCCUUGUCUUCUCCACCUCCCCCCCAGCCCAUCUACAGUUUAGAGCCUCUGCCUCCAGAUGGCCCGGUGGAAAUGUCCACAAUGCCAAGCGUGGUCCAAACCUGCCAGCCCAAGCCUGGGACGCCGCCUUCACCAGAGAGGCUUGGAGGCAGAACAGUGGCGGAGGAGAAAGAGAAUGACGAGGCUGUUGAAGGUGGAAUUGUUGUUGAAGGGGAAGAAGGAUCUCCCCAGCUGAACUUCUGGAGCCGGUACUUCCUGGUAGACCUGAUGGCAGUGGCCAUGCCGGUUGUGCCAACGGUUGCCUGGCUGUGUCACGGGGCCCAGAGAGACGUCAUGCCCGCUUACCACAUCGGCUCCCUGCUCCGAGGCUGCUGCGCUGUGGCCCUCCACUCUCUGAGACGGAGGAACCAUGGCCAUGGACCCAGAAACAUGAAUGGGGCUGCCAACAUCUGAGAACCGAAAUCCCCCUGACUCCCUUUUAGCAACCAUGUAACCCCAACCUCUUAAAGCUAGAACACUGCUGCCCACCCCCUGGGGGAAAGCCUGGGCUCCAAGACCUCUCUAUCUCUGUCGAAGUGGUGCAGGUACUAAUCCAGGCACUCGUCAGACUCUCCCAUCUAGGCUUCUGCAACUGACUGUUGGUAGGGCUUCCUGCUUGUGCCAUCAAACCCCUGCAACUUAUCCAAAAUGGUGCAGGCCACUUGGUGUUCAACCUUCCCAAGACCUGCAUGGUGCUUUGCUAAGGAUCAAGAGGAAAUGCUCCUCCAUCCCUUCAGGCAAUGCUGUUAUCCUACAUCACUACUCCAUCUCUUUGUUCUGCCACCCAUGGUUUAUUGGCUGCCCCACUCCCAUAGGAGGGCCGAUCCUCUAGCUCUUCUCCAUCCGGGCAUCCCAGUGGUGGAAGCAGCAGCCACUGCCCAAUUUCCAAAAACCUUUGCCCCCCCGCCGUUGCCUUUUGUGAACUAAUGCUUGCACUUUUCUCCCCCCAUUUCAUCCUUCAAGCAAGGACUUUGCUAAUAGUGACUUCAUUGAGUAAGGUUUACUUACUACUACCAGGUUGUGUAAUGGUCCCCUUUAGCCUUUUUGAGAUAGAUGCACUGUAAGCACUCUUAUCCUGGGUGUUGCCACACCCAUUUGUAGACCUUCACAGUAAUGAUAUGCUGUAUACCAAUUGAUCAUUUGAUUUGAUUUCCCAUUUUUCUCCCCUCCCCAAUACAAUGUUGUCCAUUUUGCUAGGAUGGCUUUGCUUCAUUUCAGCUACUCCCAGCUGAUUUGGGGGACAUUGAGAGAUGUUUCCUCCAACGCACAUCUUGCUGUGACAUUCUGCUUCUUGUAACCAACCAGAAGGUAUUUGCGACAACCAAUGCUCACAGAGGAGAGUACAUUCCUCAGACAACUACCACGAUUGCGGUUGCGAACGCCCAACCUGCCAGAAAGAGUAGGCCGCCCUGUCUGAAAUCCACCCCACCAAGUGACAAUACUGAACCAAUAUGUACUGCUGUCUGUCUGACCGAGGCACUGGUAGAAUGACACUACUAAACUGCAAGGUAUUGACUUGACAGCUGUGCCAUUCCGAGGUCCUAUUCAUUGAUGGUUGAAGAAUAUAACUUAUAGAUGCCAUAUGGGCUUAAUUCAAAACCGCAUGGACGUCAACAGUGUAAUGCUUUAGAUAAAGGAAAAUGAGCUAAAAAAAUAAUUUUGAUUUCAAGAAAGGUCCGUCCUAGCAUAUACAUUGGACAGUGGUCUAAGUUUCUCUCCAAGGCACCAAGUUGACCACCAUAGUCUAGGUUUGAGCUUUGAUUGUGAUACUAGCUGACAAGGGCUAGAAUCCCCCAACUGUUAUGCAAAUUGGCCAGCAUCGCACUGCAACUAGAAUUCCUGCGAAGCUGAUGUGGUCGUCAGGUGAUUAACCAUGCCCUCACACGUUGACCCACGUCAUUUCCUGGUUGGUAGAACAGCAUAGAAUAAAGCAGAAUUGUUUUGCGUACAUGCUUACGGAAAAAGCUUGUUGCAAUGUUAAACUCUCCCAAAGUUAUUGAGAUCUGAUGUGAUGCGACUGGGCCAUAGGUACAACGGCAUAAACAUAAGAUUGGAGGAAGAGAGGAAAUUACGUAAAAAUAAAUAAAAGCAUUUAAGUGUAAUACAUUUCUCUAGGCCCAUUGCUCAGAUUUCAACCAAAAUUGUGAGAGGACCACUUUUCAACUUCAGAUUAAUUCUAGAAAUACGAUAAAUGCGCAGACUUGAUUAGAAUAUAAAAACAUAUUGCUUAUUUUGUCACAGACUACACCUACAUGAUCCAAUUAUAUUUCAGUUGAGCCUUGUGAUUGUUAUAUAUUGUUUAUUGGUUAAGAACUAAAGCAAAAUUAAGGCAGUUUUUAGUUUCUGUUGCGUUUUUAAUGAUGCCUUGCUAUCAAUGAAAUGCAUUGCAAUAGUAAUUUGUUGGGGAGUGUUUCAGCUGGCUUCAAUAUACGUUUUGCCACUGGUCUGCAGAGUGAUCCCUAUGACUGUACAGUUCAUUGCAUGUAAUCCAAAGAUCCUUUGCCAUUACCCCAUGAACGAAGCCCCCAGAUACGCACAUGAUACAGUUGAACAUUUAUGUACGUGAUGCUCCAUCUUCAAGUGAACAUAGUUUUUGAAAUUGUGAGCAUGGUUCAAUGGUUCAUCUUGUUAGAAAUAUUAGGAGAAAAACUCAUGUUUUCUCCACAGAGCUACAGUUGAACGUUUGAUUUACUAAUUUCCUUGAGAAAGUUAAGGAUGAUGAAAUGGACACAUUUGCACAAGUAUGAGAAUUUAUUUCAGGGAGCAAAGAUAUACCUUCUGGUUUCAGAUUUCAUAGUCCAAUGAUAAUAUUUAAUGUUGGAUGUGAAUGGCAAUUGUUAAAAAAUGCCAUUGUAUAGUACUAAAUGUUUAAUAUUGAUAAUAUUUAAGAUUGUUUUCAAUAAUAUAUUUCCCCCCCAAAAAAUGCACUUUUGGGACCUUAUUACUUGAAGUUAGUAAUGGCUUUGCAUGUCAUAAAAACAAACAUGCAAUCUUUUGCGCUGCAUUGUGUGUAAUGCUUCAGUGACUGAUUUUCCUCAACUAUUCAGAUCCAGAGGUCAAAAGCAAUGAUUUAAAAUGGACUUGUAUUGAUGAAUUUGCACAAAAUGUUGUAGGAUAACGUCUAAAUCGGUGUUGAUGGAUUUCCUUUUAAAAUAAACUGAAAGUUGCCUUUGUCA